UGCUCGGCACCCGCCAGCCAACCAGAAAGGAAGGAAGAAAGCGCGCGCGCCUUUCGCCAUCCUCGUUCGUGAAUUUCGUUCGACCGCCCCUCUCUCGCGCCCGCGAAGUUAGGCGGGUGGGGUAAGUACUGGCGAGCAUGCGCUUUGACGUGGCGCCGAGAAGUGGAUGUCUGCGCGUGAAGACCCGGGGCUGAGGUAAAAGUUGGGAGAACUUCCGCUCCCUCCUUGGUAACGGGGGUGGGUGGGGUGCUAAACUAGGGAGCAAGGAGAAAAGGGAACGGGUUGAAUGAGGGAUUAUGAGCAUGAAGGGUGCAACCCCAAACAUCCUUGCUAGGGAGCAAGGAUGUUUGGGGUUGCACCCCAAACGGCCUCGGUCCAGUAUACUUGAAGGAGCGUCUCCACCUCCAUCAUUCUGGCGGGACACUGAGGUGGUUCUGGUGGUUCCCUCGCUGCGAGAAGCCAAGUUACAGGGAACCAGGCAGAGGGCCUUCUAGGUAGUGGCACCCGCCCUGUGGAACACCUUCCCACCAGAUGUCAAAGAGAAGAAUAACUACCAAACUUUUAGAAGACAUCUGAAGGCAGCCCUGUUUAGGGAAGCUUUUAAUGUUUAAUAGGUUAUUGUAUUUUAGUGUUCUGUUGGAAGCCGCCCAGAGUGGCGGGGUAUAAAUAAAUUAUUAUUAUUAUUAUUAUUAUUAUUAUUAGUUCUGCACUUGCGUUCCUUAGCGGGCAGGCUUAAGAUGCCUCUGUAAGGCUAACGCUCCACUGACUUAUUUCCUAAUGAAACAUGCAUAGGAUCGGGGGGGGGGACGGGACGCUCAGUCCAUUUUUGAAAAGAUUUGUAAGUAGCGGGUUGUCGUCCCCCACCCCACCCCCGCUUGAUCUAUGCAGGCAUUCCAGUAUAAGACGUUGGAAAUAUGGCUGAAGUUAAGCAAAGAAGGAAAGCUAACCUUUCAGACAAAUCAACUGAAGAUCAAGGGAAGACAGCACCGAUGUUGAGGACUACUGGUGAUGAAAAGUCCAGCUGGCGGGACCCACGAACAGCCUCAAGUUUACUGUCCCUUAUAGCUUGCCUAGGGCUGACAUGGUAAGCAAAAUGACUGGAAACUUUGUCUUUACGCAGAUGUCUUCUGCAAGUGAUAACCCCAAACCCGUUUCUUCAUCUUGAGCUGGUUGGCAGGUUCAGCUUUGGGGCUCACGUCAUCUGUCUAUACUGUUAAGUAUAAACAUCAUGCCUUAACGGAAUCCUUCACAUUUGCUCUUUAAUUAUGGCAUAUAUUUUUAUCUGAAUUAUAAAAUCAAGUCUAAGCUGAAAUCGUACAUGCAAUUAUUUGAGAAUAAAUCCCAUUCAACUCAACUUACUGCUAUCUAAACAUGUAUAGGAUUGGGCUACCCAAGAAAUUGCUGAGAGUCAGUUCAUUCCAAUAUUUAUGCAGCCAUAUUUUUGGAUUGCAAGUUGUGCUGAAGUAGGUGAUUCAGUAACGUGGAAAAAGUCUAUUGCUUUUGUAAGUUUGCUGAUUCUGUUUUUCUACAUUUCCCAGGUGUCUUUUUCAGCAGUCAGCUCAGCUGGCUGAAGUGGAAGAGAAAUACUAUUUAUUAAAGCAGGAAGCUGCCAAGUUUCAAGAUACGGAAAAUAAGAUAAACUUAAUAUCUGAAAAGGUAAUUCAAAAGGGUGUCGUUUUAAUGGUGUGGGUGUUUCUCAACUUCUCUAAAGUUUGAUAUAUUUUUCAUUAACUAGUAUUAACUGUACCUUGCUAGAUAAACUACACUCAGUUGCAAAAUCAAGUUUAGUAAUUACAUUUGCCAUCCAUAUAUUAAGUCAGUUUCUUCUCUGAAAACCAGAUGCUUAAAGUUGCAAUCUUAUACAAACUUCCUGGAAGUAACACUGAACUUUUUUCUGAGUAGAUUACACUUUAAAUUGAUUUGAACUGCUAAUCAUAUUUGCUGAGAAAUAAGUCUGUGUCGUAUUGCAGCCACUAUUUUACCUUUUGAAACAGUUAUAGAGCAUAAUACUGAAUAAAUGCUAAUUAAGAAUGUAUUCAGAAAUUAUUAUCAGUAACCCGACCAGAGGCAUUUAUGCUGUUUGAAAUUGCAUUCAUUUAGAUGGCUUUUAAGUUUUACUUUGUAUAGUGCAAUUACUUAUGAAAAAUAUUCUAAUAUUUAUUGUGUAAGUCUUGUGAUCAUGAGACUGUAGCUUAAAUGGAUUGUCUUUUUUCUAUUCAUGUUUUACUUUCUGUUACGUUUUUUAAAAAACCAACAUUCAUUUUGCUGCAGAUUGCUCUUCUGAAUGACACAGCUAUAGAAGUGUCAGGAUUAAAGUCUGUUUUUUAGCAUAGCCCUGCUUCUUUAGUCUCUGCUCAUGGCAGUUACACACAUAAGUGCUUAUAGGAUUGCAGCCUUGGCUUCAGCUUUAGAAAAAAGUCGUUGAUCUAGGAUGACAUUUCAUUUCUUGUAUAUUUCAUACAAAUGUUGCUAUUCUAAUCACGCCAUAAAUGGAAGUAUGUCCUUUUCAACACUGGAUUUUUCUACCAUGCAGAAGAUCAGGCUUCACAAAGACAGCCUCCCCAUACCCUUCAAUCUGUUCUGAAGGGUCCUCCAACUUCCCAGAGCAAAUUUUUUUUGGGGGGGGGGAGUGUGGUCUGCAGUGGGGGAGACCCAUUUGCACAAGUGCGCUAUGGGUUGGAUGUCAGCCAUAGACUUGAGGCUAUGUAUGCAUGUGGAUUUACAAAAGCAACUAAAAGUCUUGCUAUCCAGUGCCAAAUAAGAAUUAUGUCACGUGCCAGAACAAAGUUUGUUGUUUUAAAACUACAAAAUAAUCCAAUUUUUGAAAUACUUCAGAAAAGUCAAUAUCUGAGCUGAGCAUACUGUUUUGUAGAAAAUUGCUGCCUCCAGGCUACCUUGUAAUGCAAUUCAUUCCUCCCUAUGGCAACAUAUUGAAGUACAUUUGGCCAACUCAAAACACGUUUCUAGAAUUUUAAUUCUAAAGUGACAUUUGUUUAGUUUUUUUCUAAAUAAAGCUAUGCAGAGUUUUGAAAGUAUUCAUAGAACAGAUUAAUAAGAAUCAACAAACUGUUAGUUGCCAAAUACAUGUGGACUCAGUCUCUCUCAUAUAUACAGACACACCCACGCACACAUGAACGACUUAUUUGGAAUAUGUAUCUUAAAACAUAUGUUUAUCGAAAACUUUGUUUUAUAUUUUUAAAAAAGUGCAAAAUCUGUAUUAAGUGAAGAUGGACAUUGUUUUGUGUUACAAAUGCAGUUUGAAUCAUCUUCGGGUAUCCUGCAGGAAGCCUCUUUCUUUCUCUCCAUGGUGACCAAGUUUGAACAAGAAGUAUCUAACCUCCGUAACAUAAUAAAUGACAUUCAGAACAGUGAGCAGGCACUCUCUAAAAGGAUGCAGACCACUGAUGCAAAAUUUCAAAAUAUAAUCAAGUCCUGGGAAAAGAGCCAGACUGAACUGGAUACAAAUACUAGCAGUUUAAAAUCGGAAGCCAGGCUUUUACAUAUCGAAGUGACUUCUCAAAUCAAUGCAGCAGAUCAAAAACUAAAAUCCCUUUCUGAAAGACUGAAAGAUCUUGAAGACAGUACUGUAAGAAACCUCAAAACAUUAAGUAGGCAAGAGGAAGAUGAACUGGCUAAAGUUGAGCAGCAGCUGCAGUCUGAUACCAAGGCAGUUGGAAAAUUAGAAGAACAGCAGAACAGUAUAUUAGCCAGAAAUAAUGAUCUGAGACAAAAGCUUGCAGGCUAUGAACCCAAACUGGAAGAGUGCAAAACUCAUUUACCAGCAAUAGAGAAUGCCAUUCGCUCUGUUGUUAGAAUAUCAAGGGAUCUGAUGGCUGUAGAGAAGAAAAUGGAAGACAUGACUAUAAAGGUGUUCAGUGUGGAAGAUGAAAUGAUGAAAGCUGUAUCUGAUAUAAUGGACAUACAAAAAACUCUUGAAGACAUGCAGUAUGGUAACAGCCUACUAAAAAUGCAGAAUGAAGUGCUUGUUUUAAAGGAGAAAGUCCAUGACUUUGCAGAAUCUACCACAGAAACAGAAAAAAAUACAGAAAACUACCACAGUGUGAAUGAUGAGUGAACUAGUCAUAAUGAACAGUACAGUAUUGCUGAAGCAAUUGCAACUUCAGUUAGCUGACUGGUAUUCACUGAAAUAAGCAAAGUUUUCCCCUUUACAUGAGAAAACUUUGAAAAGGUGAAAAUACGUUUGCAUUCCUGCAAACAUGUAUUCGCAUGUUUGUUGUACUUUACCCCUCAAAUACUACAUUGUAUUAGGAAGACAUACAAUAUCUGUUAAUGUGUUAAGCUGUAUUAUUCAAGUUAAUGUACUUAGACUAAUUUCAGCUUAAAAGGUUGUUUUAAAUGCCUUUGCAGGAUUAACUGUUACAAAGUUUGAACACCAUGCUUUCAGAGAAAGCAGGUAUGGACAGAUAUAAGAUCACAAAGCUAAUAGGUAUAAUGAUAAAUAAGCAUAGCUGUCAACAUUUCCCCUUUUUUAAGGGAAAUUCCCUUAUUCCGACUAGGAUUCCUUGCAAGAAAAGGGAAAAGUUGACAGCUAUGUAAAUAAGGGCUUUAUGAAGUAAAGGCAGGGGAAACUAUAGAUAUUUAAUUGAUAUGGAAAGAAAUGUAAUAAAGCCACAGGCAUAUUAAUUGUCAUAUGAAAGGUAUUCCCACUUCACCACUUGCAUAUGCUGCACAGAAUCAGGUAAGUCAGAAAAAUAAUAGUUAUUUAGAAUGAGAUGGUACAAUUGGGUGUGAUUGGUAGGAAGGAAACAAUUUUCCUUUGAACAUGACUUUGAAAAACCAACCAUUCUUCUCACAAACACAUUUGUUUUGCUUUAACAGUAACUAAAAUGCAGCAACACCAUUUUUUCUGGAUAGCAGAACCUAUUAAAGUACUAUAUGCUAGUUUUGUAUGCAUUUGCCUGUGUGCCAUUUUUCUGGAAUAUUGCCACCCAAAGUGUAUUUUAUUAGAAAGAACAUCAGUUGUAAUUAUAACAAGCUAUUAUAUUAUCUUGUUUUGCUUUGUUGGAAUACACAACUGUUAAGGAGCUAACUUGUAAAGUGAGGAUGAAGACAAUGUCUGAUUGCUCCUCCUCAGUUUUCACAUGUUUUUCUCUUUGUUUCCAUACACUGCUUGUUGAUGAGAAUCAAGAUUUACAAUUUUCCCCAUUGCUAGAAAACUAAAUACGCCCCUGCACUCCAUUAUGCCUGUUUUUGGGACCUAACACCAUUGUUUAAUAAAUUAAUCAGAAACAUAUGUAUGAGUUGCACAUCCUUUCUCCCUUUAAAGUUUGAGAGAAACACUAAAGAACAUAUUGUACACUAAUCUUUUAAAUAAAUUUCAAGACAGCUGGUAUAAAAUUAAAGUGCAAUUUUCUUAUGAUUUUUUUUUUUUAAUUCUUAGUGUGAGAAGACAUUAAGCUUAAUGGAGCAACUGGAAGAUCUUCAUAUAAUUGCUCAGAUGAAGCACCUGCAGGAGGAAGUGAACACCAUGCAGAUCUGGUCUAGUAAGUUAAGUCAAGAAGAAGAGGAGCGUCAGCAGAACUUAACAUCUCUCUUUCGUGCAGUUACUAAGUAUGAGGAGAUUAUAACUUCAGUAACUAAUAACUUCUCUGUAAAGAUUGCCGCUGUGAAGACUGAUAUUAGACGCAUUUCAGGUCUUGAAGCAGAUGUAAGCUCACUGGUAGAGAAUCUACAUACUCUAGAAGACAAAGUUGAUAAAGCUGAAAAGACUACAAUAAAAAGUAUAGGGACUCUCCUUACAAACAGCAUUGACAGGACUACAAUACUACGGAGUUCUGCAUCUGAAAAUGCCAGACAAAUAGAACACAUUAAGACAAAAUCAUCUGAACUGAAUUCUGAACUUAACAAGCAAUUAAAUAAGCUUUUAGAUUUGGAAAGUGAUAGAGCCAAAGUUCUUACAACAGUAGCCUUUGCAAAUGACUUAAAACCAAAAGUACACAACUUAAAGAUGGAUUUGGCACACUUGGAACCAAUGCUAGAUGAACUAACAUUAAGAAUAGGAAGACUGCUUGGGGAUCUAAUGGAAAGACAGAAAGAAAUUUCAUUCCUGAAUAAGAAACUCUUCAAUUUGACUUCUGCUCAGAGUGAUGUUAAGACUAUGAGUGAUGAGCUAAGUGAAAUUUCAGAUUUGAAAUAGUCCUAUCACAUCAAGCCUCAGUUCCAGCACUGCUUGAGGUUGCUAGGUUACUCUUCAAGAUUUAAGUUUUGGGGUUGAAGCAAUAGUGAAUUUAAGAUUACCUGCUUACAGCUAAUUGAAUUCAGAGUAAAACGUGCAUAAGAUGGUGCUGUCAUGUUCACUACAACUUACACCCAAGGAACUACUGAGGACUGCAGUCUUACAAGUAGGAGUGUCACAUAUAAUUGAGUUACAUUCAAUCAAUGAUAACUAGAUCAAAAAUUAUUCUAUAAACCACAAAGUUGUAUUUGUAAAACGUGUUUCAGUAAGUCUUGAAUGGUGUUGGAUGUUAAAAAGAUGAUUGUAGAAGACUAAAAAUAGAUGAAACCAAAAGAAUACUGCAAGCAGAAUUCUGCUCAAUGUCUCAACACAUUGAAGUACAGUAAGGAAAUCUUCCCUUCCACAUUAGGGGCAGGCUCUGCUGGAUCAGCAGCCCUCCCAUUUUUCAGGAAAGCUAUUCUGGAGGCAAGUUAGAAGAUUUGUCUGAAUCUAUAGAUUGUAAAAAAAAUAAAAAUUAUCCAUAUUUAGAGUUGAGAACUGACAUCAACUGGGUAAUACAUGCACGCACUUAUAAGGUAUUUAAAAAGUUGUCUAAUACCUUUUAUAGGUGGAUUGUAGAGCCAUGUUUAGAGUAGUACUGUAUACAGUUUCAGUCACUCCAUCUCAAAUGAGAACUAAUAAAGUUAUAUAAAAACACAACUAAAUGAGUGCGUGGAAGAAAAAUUACUAGGGACAUUUGUAUAAGUAUACCUGUGGGAAAUGAUUUUUCUUCUUUCUUGAAAUAGAAUUCUGGGUCCCCUAAUCAAUUCAUUGGCAGAAAAAUGACUUUACAAAUACAUCUUGAUGGAGUUCAGUUGCAUGCAGUAUAAAUGGUGGCAAACAGAUUUUAAAUGGGAGGGUAUCAUUUCCAAAAUCCUGAACAGCCACUGCCAAGGUAGAUGACCCAAUGGUUUGAUUUAGGAAGCCAUGCAAUUAUUAGACACUAAUCAAAUUGAACUUUUCAAAUAAAUUACAUUACUAAAUACCAGUUGGCAGUUAUUAAAGGAAAGCUGUUACAUCUUGCUUGCGGGCUUUCUAGAAAGAUGCCUGGUGCUGCUGUAAACAGCACUAGGUGGAUCUUUUGAGGGAACAGUGUUCUUGAGUAUUUGUAGAUGGCUGAUAACAUACAAAUGCAUAUAUAACUAUUGAUUUUAGUGCAUCUACGUGAGAGUAUGACUCACCUUGAUUACUGCCCACAGCUUUUUAUUUCAGCCUCUGACCACUCGGAACUCCUUCAGGCUGGGCAUCCAUAGCUAUGGCUAUGCAUCCCGUUUGCAAAAGGGCUCUAAACCAGCAUAUAUCCCCAUAUGUGUUUCACAUGCCAAUGGACACUCUAUAACAGUAUCAGGGUACUGCCGGCCCUAUUUAGCAAUGGAUUUAUGACCACAGAUCUGUAGGGUGGCAACAAGAACAAGCCUUGUCAAUGGUGGCUCCCCACUUGUGGAAUGCUCUCCCAGGAAAGGCUUGCCUGACACCAUUAUUACAUAUCUUCAGGCACAUUCCUUUUUAACCAGAC